ACCACGGGUGAUUGAGCUUGAUAUUUAUAUGCUAUACAUAAUCGCAUAUAAUUUGACUGCGUAAGCACCCCGAUGAAACGUUACUACUAUGUGAACUCCUGCCUCUCCAAGCCACCCCCUUAAGCGCACGAAAUUCUCUACUACUAGUCUUGGCUACAACUGGUUGACUGUCAUAAUCACUCACCAUCAGGAUCUGAAAAUCUCUAGGAACGACGGAGUUUUAGUUGGUAAUUUUUGUAAGUAGCUACGACUAUAUUUCUGCCCAAAAAAGGAAAAAAAAAGAACUACGAAUAUAUUAACCAUUUAUUUGUUAUAGCUGUUUUGCAUAAGUUUUCCAAGAACUUAAUUUCUGAACUUCCUUCACAUUCGACUAUGACUUCUCACCAUGGUAGAGUCGAUGGUUAUUCACCAGAACCAUACCAUUUCUUCAAAGUCAUUCUUGAAAGUACCAUUCGGGAUGGCAAACUUGGAAUUCCUCACAAGUUUGCAAAAGAUUAUGGAAGUAAACUGUCAAGCCCAGUAUUCUUUCAGGUUCCAAAUGGUGAAGUGUGGGAAUUGGAGCUGAUGAAACUUGAUGGUAAAUUGUGGGUUCAAAAUGGGUGGCGAAAAUUUACUGAGCAUUACUCUUUGGAGUUGGGACAUUUCUUGGUGUUUAGAUACCAAGGGAAUUGCCGUUUCCAUGUUCUCAUAUUUGAUAAAAGUGCUUCAGAGAUUCACUAUCCAUACGCUAAUAACAUCUCUACCGACAUGACAAAGAAACCAGUGUUGCAAUGUCCUCGCCCUCCAAAAAUUAUGAGAGCUAGUAAUAAUGGGUUUUCAGCUACAAAGGGAAAUGAAAAAUCUAAAGCUCUGGAGAGAGCUAGCAGUGCCUUCAAGUCUGGAAACCCAUUCUUUUUGGUUUUCAUGCAACCAACAUAUGUUGGUCUUCACUCCAAAGUUAGCUGCCUUGUAAGCUAGCAUUUUGAAACUAUGCUUGAUCUUUACAAAUGGUGUUUGUUGUCUUCCGUUUUGUAAUAAUUUCCUUUUG